AUGAAACAGCUAGAUCACGGACUGGCAGAAACUCUUUGUCAUUAUCCUGUCCAGGGUUCUAAGCAAGGACCACAGACUGGGACCACGGAGAGCCCAGGUGACGUGGUCCUGCAGAUCCCCCACAUCUGCUGCGCGCUCAAAUGGAGAAAGUGCAUUUACAUUAGGAGUGGGACAUGUUUGGGACAGACGUGUGCAAAGCGUCUGUACAAGGAGCUGCUGCCAUCACACUCUCACCUGGGUGUCGCUGGUGUCAGCCUUAAAAUAGGAAGUUGGCUACGUGUCAGACAGGUGCCAGUUUCUGUGGGCGGCCCCAUGGGGCGGCCAGAGUGUUUGCUGGGCCCAUCUGUGUGUGCGUGUUUGGCCAAAGUUACGGGAGGCCGUGCUGUUUGCCAUUGGGCAAAUAAAGAUCUGUGUGGAGCUGUGUGUGUGGGGGUUGCGACGCACAGACUUUCAGAGGCCCUUUGCUUUGGAGGUUGA